AUGACUAUCCAGAACCAGGACGAACCUCGAGAGCUUGGAAAGCAAGAAGAGCUGAUCAAAUCCAAGUUGGACAACGACUGCAUAUUUUGUAAAAUUAUCAAGGGAUCAAUUCCUUGUUUCAAGGUCUUCGAAAAUCCGACUACCUUAGCGUUCUUUGACAUCAAUCCAAUUAGUUUUGGCCAUGCCUUAGUUAUUCCUAAAUACCAUGGUCCAAAAUUGCAUCAUUUGCCGGACUUUGCGCUCCAGGAUAUUUUACCGAUUGCCAAGAAAAUUGCGGUAGAGCUAGGACUGACUGAUUAUAAUAUUUUACAGAACAAUGGUCGAAUUGCUCACCAAGAGGUUGAUCACGUCCAUUUCCACAUUAUACCGAAGCCGUCUGCGACAGAUUCAGAAGGAUUGGUGAUCGGCUGGCCUUCAAAAAAAGCAGACAUGAAACUUUUGGAACAGAAAGCUCAGGAGGUCAAAUCGAAAUUGGACAGUCAAUCUGCCUCUAGUACUAGCAAUCUUUGA